CAUCCACAUCCACAUCCACAUCCACAUUCCUCCACACAAACAACCACAUUUCUACCUACCUUCACCCCCUCCAAAAAAAACCUCAACCAUCAAAAUGCAGUUCACUACCCUCCUCUCCCUCGUCGCCAGCUUCUCUCUGGCCACCGCGGCCGCCAUCGCCAGCCCCAACAUCGAAGCUCGCAGCCCCAGCGGCUCCUGCCCCAGCACGUACGAGCACAGCGGGACCGCCUUCCUCUCCGACACCUCGGACUGCAACGUCUUCUAUAUCUGCGACCACAACGGGCCCGUCAAGUUCAAUUGCCCCGUUGGCUUGCACUUUAGCCCUUCCACCUGGGUCUGCGAUUACCCCGCCAGUGCUGGGUGUAGUAGCUACAACUAGAGGGGGAGGCGAGGCGUCGCCGGCCUACUCUAGUGGGAAUGGGAUUGGGGGAAGGGAGGAGGGUAGCGAGAUAUACAAUGUGGCAUUUUUAUGGAUAUGGGCAUGGCGGGCUUGGAAGGCGGGAUUAUAGUAGUUAGGAAGAGCAUUUAAUACAUCUCGGGAGUUGCAUGUAAUGGA